AUGGCCGAAAUUUACACCCUGGGCGCCGGAACGCCCACUCCCACUCCUACCCGCUUCGGAAGUUCUCACGUGCUCAAGCUCGGCGACCAACUCCUGAUGUUCGACUGCGGGCCGGCCACUACUCACAAGCUGGUCAAGGCCGGACUAUUCCCCACGCAGGUUGAUUACCUCUUCUUCACCCACCACCACUUCGACCACGACAUCGACUAUCCCUGCUUUCUCCUCUGCCGCUGGGACCAGAGCAUCGGCAAGGAGAACCAGCUCCAGGUCUUCGGCCCCGACCUGACCGAGAAAAUAACCGAGGGCAUCCUCGGCGAAAACGGUCUGUUCGCCCACGACUGGAAGGCCCGGGUUAACCACCCCCUCAGCCAGCAGGUCUUCGUCAAUCGCGGCGGCACUCUUCCGCGCCCGGCCCCAUCGGUUGCGGCCCAGGACGUCGGGCCGGGCAGGGUAUUCAGCGGGUCGGAUUGGGAGGUAACCGCCGCUCCCGCCGAGCACGUCCAGCCCUGGCUCGACUCCCUGGCCUACCGGGUGGACUCAGCCGAAGGAAGCGUGAUAUUCACCGGCGACACUCAGCCCUGCGACUCGGUGACUGAACUGGCUCGCGGCGCCGACAUGAUGCUUUGCAUGUGCUGGGACGACCAGGCGGUGAUGGACGCCAACGGGGAAUACACCGGCCAGUGCGGCACCACCGGUGCGGCCCGCAUGGCCCAGGCCGCCGGCGUGAAGAAAUUGGUGCUGGUUCACGUAGGCCCCCACCUCUCAGGCCACGGCCCGAUGGAGCAGGGCAUCGGCGACAUCAGCCGGAUCUACGAUGGCGAGAUAGUAUUCUCCGAAGAGCUCAUGCAUAUCUCGCUAUAG